AUGUACUGUAAGCCAGAAGUCGGCUACGAUUCAGCUCAAAAUAUUUGGAGCAGCAAGCAAGCUCUACUAUUAUUUCCAAAAGAUAAUUCGGUUGGACAGAUAAUUUUUGAAGUGCUGCAGCAGCAUCCAAAGAAAAUUGCACAGAUAUCUGCCGCUGAACGUACAGUGCUCACUCGUGAGCAGCUACUAUCAAAUUCCAUGCGAAUUGCCAGUUAUUUGAGAAACUUGGGAUUGAAGCAAACGGAUAUUGUGGCAAUCGCAGCUAGAAAUACUACGAAUAUUUUUUUGAAUGGAAUCGCAUAUCAUGCUCUGAACUGGAAAGGUCAACCAACUACAAUUGAAAAACUCUUAGCUAUAACUAAGCCUCAGAUUAUUUUCUGCGAUGGAGAUGAGUACGAGAAAAUAAAAGCAGCCACUGAGCCAGUUACGAUCAUAACAAUACGUAAUUACCCAGAAGGCUCUAUGAGAAUUGAGGAGCUGCUAAAGACGCCCAUUGAAGAGAAUUUACCAGCACGCUUGAAAAAUGGCAAUGAUCAAACAUUGGCUAUUUUAUCUACCUCCGGAACUACAGGAACACCAAAAGCUGUUACUGUAAGUAAUACGCACGGAUAUUUCAAUGCAUAUCUUAUGACAGAGAUUACUGGAUAUGGAUUCAUAAACUUUCAUUUUGAUGAUAAGAUAAAUGCUGUGGGUCGAGCCACUGCUGGGCUCCACUUGAAGAUAACUAAUGAGCAUGGAAAGGCUCUAGCAGCUAGUGAAGUAGGUGAGGUAUGCUUUAGCUAUAAGCAAAACUGGGUUGGCUAUUAUGGUGAUCGAGCAGAGAGUAGCAAGAUCCAGGACACGGAUUUGUGGCUUCACUCUGGUGACAUGGGCUAGGAUGGUUUUAUAUUUCUGCUGGGUCGUAAGAAGGAAAUGCUAAGAUAUAAUACCACCAUGUACUAUCCCGUAGAAAUAGAGGUUAUCAUUGCUGAAAUGCCUGAAGUGUCUGAUGUGUGCGUCUUUGGCAUUUUUAGUGAUGAGUACGGCGAUGAAGCUGCCGCAGUCGUUGUCAAAACGUUAGACGCACAAAUAACUGCGCAGGACGUUGUCGAAUAUGUACAGCAGCAUGCGAAGGCCAAGCAUCUGCAUUUGCAUGCUGGAGCUAUAAUUGUGGACGAUCUGAAACGUCUGCCUAAUGGUAAAACGGAUCGUAAGGCAAACAAGGCGCAUUUUUUGAAGCUUAGACAGUAA